AUGGUGAUGAAUAAUGCAGCAGCGUCAGCGUUGGUGCUCGUGGUGUUGGUGAGCUCCGCAGCGGCAGCGGCGGCGGCGAUGGCGGAGGGGUGCAGGGAGGAUCUAAUAGCGUUUUCAGGAUGUCUGGCAUACGUGUCGUAUCCGCCGAAUAACCUGACAGAAAGUCCUUCGGAGAAGUGCUGCAUGGCGUUCUCAAGGGCGGUAGAAUCGGUUUGCCUCUGCUACGUUGUCGGCGACCCUCUGAUCCUUGGCUUCCCUCUCAACACGACAAGACUCUUCUCCCUCUCUUCCCUUUGUCCGUCUCCAUUCUCAACCUCUUUUCCCUCUCUUUGCCCUUCAAAUUCUUCUGCUCUGCCUCCUCUCACCACCGCAUCGAAUCAAACUGGGGGAACUUCUGAGCAGGAGGAAGAGGAGGACGAGGGGGAGGAAGAGGGGGAGGAAGAGGAGGAGGAGGGGGAGGAGGAGGGGGAGGAAGAGAAGGACGAGGGGGAGGAAGGGGAAAGUCAGGGUCCGGCGAUGAAGGAGAAUCUUCUGGGGGAAGUUCACCAGUUUUAA